UUCAUAGGCAGACAACCCGGCAAAUUCCUCUGUUACUGUAUCCUGCAGCAGCUCUGUGUGACUUUUAAUCUGUGACCUGCAUAAAUGUGCAGAUAUAUGAAGAGAUAUACAGAGAUACACUUGUAUUGUGUUGAGAUGCUCGUGGGGGUGUGAGUCCUUUGAAUGAAUCCAGCCCUCCGAAGGCAGGAGCCUCACGGGUUGUGUAGUGUAUCCCACUGAAUAUCUCUCAACACAAUGGAAUGGACAUUCAUUUUCACCCUAACUUUAACUUAUUAAAUAGCGUAGCGUGAAGCGAUUUCUCAGAUAAAAUAUAGAAACCACUCGAGCGUGUUAUUAGGGAAAUGACCGUGUAAUGUGCGACUGGACAGUUAACACGCAUGUAAUGUAGAUUAUCUUGGAUAUCACGUGAACACACGCUUCAGUUGUGUUGUGUAUGCGUGUUUUUAAUGUAUGUGCGGUAUGUUAAGAGUUUGUAAUCGUUAAGCACUUUAAAACUUUGAAAGUUGCAGUUACGUUUCUAAAGUUUAAUGCCGAGUCCGAUUUCGAUACGACACCGAAAACAAAGCACAUGCUUCCGUAAUGAAAAACGUGUACGUUAACGUUAGCUUUCGUGCUCAGGAAAAGGGGAAGUGCUGAAUUUAUUUUAUUGUUCAAACGAUAAUACCAACAAACAGACCAAAGUCAAGUGCAGCCACUUCUUCUGGUUUCGUGCUUGUAAAAAAAAAUCGGUUUGAUCUCAUUUACGCUUGUAAACAAUGCAUGGCGUCACGCGCGGUAACAGUUGUGACGCCAUCACGCUGCUUGCGGCAGGGCAGGUGUCUCAGAGACAGACAUCAUGUUCGAGGAGUCAGUGGCGUGUUUUCAGGCUCCAGGUCCCACUGUCACCUUCCAGCAUCUCACAUACUGCGUGCGGGAGCGAGAGGGAAUGUUCAGCCGGAAGUGGGUGGAAAAGCAGGUCCUCAAAGAUGUCAGUGGAAUCCUGAACCCUGGAAUGAAUGCUAUAAUGGGACCUACUGGAAGUGGAAAGACAUCACUUCUAGAUGUCAUCGCAGGACGGAAGGAUCCAAAGGGCUUACAAUCAGGUCGAGUUCUUGUGGACAACAACGUUGUGACCUCUGACCUCAGGCUCUGUUCUGCCUAUGUUGUUCAGAAUGAUAUUCUGACCGGCACUCUGACUGUAAGGGAGAACCUGGCUUUCUCAGCCAAUCUUCGUCUGUCAUUGAAAGAGUUUUCCUCAUCGGAUAAAGAGAUGAGGGUCAACUCCGUCAUACAGGAGCUCAGCCUUAAAGACUGCGCAGACACUAAGAUUGGGACGUUGUAUCUGCGUGGCGUUUCUGGUGGAGAGAAGAAGAGAUGCAGCAUCGGUAUGGAGCUCAUCACCUUCCCCUCUCUUCUGUUCCUGGACGAGCCCACCACAGGUCUGGAUGCCAACACUGCCAACUCCAUCAUGGAACUGUUGCAGAAGCUCUCCAAAAAGGGCAAGACCGUCAUCUUCUCCAUUCACCAGCCACGCUACUCCAUCUUCAGGCAGUUUGAUCACCUCGCACUCAUGAACAAAGGAGAAAUCAUCUACGCAGGGUCUGCAGACAAAGCCAUCGGCUACUUUGAAGACUUGGGUUACAAGUGUGAGCCGUUCAACAACCCAGCAGACUUCUUCCUGGAUGUUAUAAACGGAACCAUCCCGUCUCAAAAUCACACAGAGAAGUUAAGCAGCAGCGAUGCGACACAGGAACAUGAGAAUCAUCUCAGUGUGAAGUACAGACAGUCUCCCUAUUUUAUGAAAGUGAUAGACCAGCUUACACGGAUGUCAGAUGACCUGGAUCCUGAGGUCAAGACGGGUAACAGGGCCUGUUACGCUACACCUUUCUACUAUCAGCUUAUGUUAGUCAGCGGAAGAACUGUAAGAAACAUCUUGCGGAAUCCACAGACUUCCUAUGCACAAGUGUUCCUCAACAUUUUCUUUGGUAUUUUGGUGGGACUGAUCUACUACCAGAUUCCACACACGUUACCCGAGGCGCUUCAGAACAGAACAGGAGCGUUCUUCUUUCUGGUCAUCAACAUGGUGUUUGGCAAUCUGUCUGCAGUCGAGCUGUUUAUCAGUGAGAGAGUUCUCUUCAUUCAUGAAAACUCGAGCGGAUACUACCGCACAUCUGUGUACUUCAUGUCUAAGGUGUUCGCUGACCUCCUACCAAACCGCAUCCUUCCUGUAUUCAUUUUCUCUGCCAUCCCGUACUUCAUGAUGGGUCUGAAGCCGGAUGUGGAGGCUUUCUUUCUGUACUGUCUCACUAUGAGUCUGAUCAGUCUGUCAGCCGUGAGUCUGGCCUUUCUGGUCAGUGCCAGCGUUGGCUCCUUCGCCAUGGCUAACAUCCUCAUUGCUAUUCCAUUUGUCUUUAUGAUGGUGUUUGGCGGUUUCCUAGUCAAUCUGAAUUCAAUGUUGAGCUGGAUGUCAUGGCUUAAGUGGGCCAGUAUGUUCCGAUAUGGCUACAAUGCACUUGCUGUCAAUGAGUUGAAGGAUCAAGUCUUCACCAGUAACUUUACCACGAUGACUGGUGAAAUGUAUCUUGAUCGUCAGGAGAUAGACUACAGCACAUGGGGUUUCUGGCAGAAUCAGGUAGCUCUGGCAGGCAUCAUGUGCACGUGUUUGAUUCUUGCUUACGUGCAGCUACGGCGGAUCAAUCGAUGGAAGUGACAUUUUAAGCUAUACAGAUAUGCGUCAUAUAUUUACAGCCGAGUGUGCAAUCUGAAUCUUUAACCUCUACCUCUGAAUCGGCCUGUGGUGCUGUAAUGUGUGAAGUUUGUGGAAUGUUUUUUUUAGAUGUUUCAUUUUAUAUUUAAACUGUAAACUGAAUAUAGACGCUGAAGAUGCUAUGUUGUUAAAUCUAUGAGCUUUUUAUUUGGACUUAUAGAUUUGUUUUUAUAUUUUUGAGACGUAUCAAGCCAUUUCCAAUCCAUUACUGCCAAAAACAUUUGCAAUGUUUCAACGGGUUUUAGGUUAUAGACUAGCCCUAGACUAAAAUAAAUGUUUAAGUUGUCUAAACUGAGAACCGCUUCAACGGAAAUAUCUUGAAAUACAUCAGUGCCAUUGUUUCGUUUCAAAAUGCACACUCCUUUUUGUCAGGCAUGCUUGUAAAAGACUGUUUAAAUGUAGCAGUUUAACAAAGGGCUAAUCCUGUUUUAAUCCAAUCCCUGUCUGGGAAACCAGCCCCAAAUGAACAUGAUUGUAUCAAGGUAUGGUGCUAUAACUGAUUGCUGUUUUUAUUGACAAAUCACUUUUUAUAGUGAAGCACUGACAUCAAAUGAAUGUCGGAAGUCCACUCCACGUCGGUUGUGGUGCCUUUUCUCCUUUAUGUUUUUUAUAAGCAGCAAAACAAUUUCUCUACUAAAGCUUUAAACCUUAAACCAAACAGCAGCCAAAUAAAAAUCACUGGACACUAUGAA